AUGGCGAACUUCUUCGACCGCAACCGCGCUGCAGCGUCAAGCUCCAAGACUGCCGGCCCCAAGUCGGCCGUCGAACAACCCCCUGCCGCGCAGCCGUGGACGGAGAAGUAUCGACCUAAGAGUCUGGAAGAAGUCAAGAGCCAGGAACAUGCCACCGAGACUCUUCGUCGGAUGGUCAACGCCUCCAACCUGCCUCACCUCCUCUGCUACGGCCCUCCGGGGAACGGCAAGACGUCCACGAUCCUCGCCCUCUGCCGAGAACUGUUCGGCCCCGAGCUCAUGAAAUCGCGCGUCCUGGAACUCAACGCCUCCGACGAACGGGGUCUCUCGGUGAUCAGGGAACGGGUAAAGCAGUUCGCGUCGCUACACCUAACGCACCCGUUCUCGGACGAAUACCGCAAGAAGUACCCGUGCCCCAACUUCAAGGUCGUCUUGUUGGACGAGGCGGACCAGCUCACACAGGAUGCGCAAGGGGCGCUGAGGCGGGUGAUGGAGAUUCACAGCGCAACCACCAGAUUUGCGCUGUGCUGCAACUACGUCUCGAGAAUCAUCGACCCCAUCGCCUCGCGGUGUUCCAAGUUUCGGUUCAAGGCCCUCGAGGGAUCCGAGGCGGUCGCGCGGAUUGAAUCGAUUCUCAAGGCGGAAAAUGUGGAAUAUGAGGAGGGCGUCAUUGAGAGGACUCUGAAAGUGUCGGACGGGGAUCUUCGACGCGCCAUCAAUCUCCUUCAGAGCGCUGCCCGACUGGUUGGUGCUUCGGCCUCAAUACCAACCUCCAACGGCCACAAGAAGAGAGUGGUCGCAGAUGAAUCAGACGAAGAAAUGGAAGAUGUCGAUGCCGCCAAGUCGAAACCUUCUCCGUCAAACAACAUGAUCAAGAUCGCCGACAUCAACGACAUCGCAGGUACAUUUCCCCCGAGCCUCACAGACAACCUUAUCGAAAUCCUGCAAAAGGGCAACACCCGAAACUAUAACAACAUCGCAUCCGAAAUCACCGACAUCGUCGCCAGCGGGUAUGCCGCCAAUGAGGUCCUUUCUUCUCUGUAUUCAGCCGUGGUGCUUGGCGAAGACGACGUGACUGUCAACGGCAAAGAAGACGCCGCCAUGAGGAAAAAGUACAAGCUGACGGCCAUCUUCUCAGAGUUCGACAAGAAGCUGGUUGACGGCGUCGACGAGCAUCUCGCAUUACUCGACAUGAGUUGUCAAGUGGCUGGCGUCCUGGCUGCUUGA